CCAAGAAAUGCUCCAGCAGCCAGUUCAGUUAUGUCGGGCGAAGUUUCAUACAACUACUUUAUCUUCAGAUUUGAUUUCAAAGAUUGGAAGCUGAUGAUGGAUUUAGUCCCAGAGGGAGAGGAGCUGAUGCCACAUAGGGAUGAAUUGAACAAUCCAGGUUUUUCUCAAGCAGAAUCAGCACCAUAUGAUUCUGAUGCAGCAUUACGGAACACCAAUAAAGAAACUGUCAAGGAAUCGUGCCCUGGUCAUGGAGGAACAAUCAGUUACUGAAGACUGUCCUGAAAAUGGUGCUGGCAAUGCAUGUAUCCGCAAGUGCAAGCGCAAGCUGCAGUGAGGUAUUCUAUGCAUGUCAACUCCUUCUGGUUCAAUGGCACUAAACUUAUCUCAGGGUGUAGUUUUUGUGAUGUAUAUAGAAAGGUAGGUUGGGAAUUUAUUAGCCCUUUUGGAUCUUUUUUGCCUCUUUCCAUGGGUAAGUAGUAUUUAAGCUUCUUGUCUGGGGUUGUGGGGUUGUACUGAUUACUAGGGCC